AAUGUCACCAGAAAAUAAAAUAGCCGUUGCUAAUUAUAUUUACUACUAUUUAUCUACCUUUUCUCGAUUUUUUAGCUCUACCGAGUAAAUUAUAGCAGUUUUCUGUGUUCUUUUUGAAAAGGGAAAUUCAUUUUCACAUGCUUUGGAUGCUAAAUAAUCACAAGUAUUUUCAUUUUCACCUACUGGCCGAUGAGUGAAAAAAAAGGCAGGGUUUUUAAAUAGUAUUCAAAUAAGCAAAGAAGUGAGCUUGGGAAGCAGACGAGUUUGAGGAGUGCAGAUUUUAAAAACGAGCUUAAAACCAUACGUGAAGGAGGGAAAGUAGCCGAAACAGCUCGUUUUGUUUGCUUGAGAAAGGGAGAUGGAAGCUUUGUAUGUUUUCCCUUGGAUUUGCAUAUUGGGUUUGGUAUUGUUUCAAGGAAAUGCAGAGCUUGUUGAAGAAGAUAAGCAAUCAUUGCUUGAUUUUGUUAACAAGCUGCGCCAUUCUCGUUCUCUAAACUGGAAUGAGACAUCUCCAGUUUGCAACAACUGGAUGGGAGUGACUUGUAAUAAAGAUGGUUCUCGGAUAAUAGCUGUUAGAUUGCCUGGUAUUGGAUUACAUGGCCCUAUCCCUGUUAAUACCAUUAGUCGCCUCUCAGCUCUGCAGAUUUUGAGCCUUAGGGCCAAUGGCAUCAAUGGUCACUUCCCUUCAGAUUUCUUUAAUCUCAGAAACUUAUCUUUUCUUUAUCUUCAGUACAACAACUUCUCUGGGCCAUUACCUGUUGAUUUCUCCACUUGGAACAAUCUAACUAUUGUCAAUUUGUCCAACAAUAGGUUCAGUGGGAGUAUCCCUAGUUCGCUGUUGAAUUCGACUCACCUUGAGGCGUUGAAUCUCGCAAACAAUUCACUCUCUGGUGAAAUCCCUGACCUGAAUUUGCCUAGCUUGCAACAGAUAAACCUUUCCAACAAUAAUCUCACUGGUGUUGUUCCAAAGUCACUUUUAAGGUUCCCGGUUUCAGUAUUUGAAGGUAACAAUGUUUCGUUCGAAAACUUCCCUCCUCGAACAUCCCCGUCUAUUGCACCCUCUGGCGAACCGAAUCCGACAUCAAAGAAGUCCGGGAGGCUUGGAAAAACUGCAUUGUUAGGAAUAAUAAUUGCUAGUUGUGUUCUUGUGAUCAUGGCGUUUGUGUUUUUCGUAAUUGUUUGCUGCUCGAGAAGAAAAAGUGAGGAUGCAUAUUCGCGGAAGUUGCAAGCCGGAGAGAUGUCACCAGAGAAAGCGGUCUCGAGAAGUCAGGACACGAAUAAUAGAUUGUUCUUUUUCGAGGUUUGUAAUUACACUUUUGAUUUGGAGGAUUUAUUGAGGGCUUCUGCUGAAGUACUGGGGAAGGGAACUUAUGGUAUUUCAUACAAGGCUGUGCUAGAGGAUGCAACCACAGUGGUAGUGAAGAGGUUGAAGGAGGUUGGUGCCGGGAAACGAGAUUUCGAGCAACAGAUGGAGGUUGUUGGAAGCAUUCGACAUCCGAAUGUCAUCGAGCUGAAGGCAUAUUACUACUCAAAAGAUGAAAGGCUGAUGGUUUACGAUUACUACACGCAGGGGAGUGUUUCUUCCAUCUUACAUGGUAAAAGAGGAGAGAAUAGAAUCCCUCUAGAUUGGGAUGCCAGAAUAAAAAUUGCAAUCGGAGCAGCAAGAGGCAUUGCUCGCAUCCAUUCAGAGAACGCGGACAAGUUUGUCCAUGGCAACAUAAAGUCCUCAAACAUUUUCCUCAACUCCCAACAGUAUGGUUGUGUGUCGGAUCUCGGUCUAUCAACUAUAAUGAAUGCACUAGCCCCUCCCAUCUCCCGUGCUGCCGGUUACCGUGCCCCUGAAGUUACCGACACAAGAAAAGCUAUGCAGCCUUCUGAUGUCUACAGUUUUGGGGUGGUCCUACUUGAGCUCCUAACCGGAAAGUCCCCUAUCCAUACUACCAGCGGUGACGAGAUUGUCCACUUGGUCAAAUGGGUUCAUUCUGUAGUUCUAGAGGAGUGGACGGCUGAGGUUUUCGAUAUAGAACUGAUGAGAUAUCCGAAUAUAGAGGAAGAGAUGGUGGAGAUGUUACAAAUAGCAAUGGCAUGUGUUGUGAGGAUGCCAGACCAGAGACCAAAAAUGCUGGACCUAGUUAAAAUGAUCGAAAAUGUCCGAACAAUCGAUUCCGAUAAUCGACCAUCUUUGGGAAACAGAUCCGAAAGUUCAACAACAGCAACAAUGAUUGGGAGAGAAUCCCAGGUCUCACAAUGAAUCAACCAAAAUCUUUAUUCGUGUUUCUUGUUCCUAUUAUUUUUUAUCUAAGUUUACUCUCUUAUUUUUCU